GCUCCAGGGCAGAGCUGAGUCAGAGAUGUCGGCUGCUGCUGGCGGAGAAGGCCCCGGGCCACCGAGCGGCUUCGCCAAGCGAGUCCUGGUCACGGGCGGUGCUGGCUUCAUUGCAUCACAUGUGAUAGUCUCUCUAGUAGAAGAUUAUCCGGACUAUAUGAUCAUAAAUCUUGACAAGCUGGACUACUGUGCAAGCCUGAAGAACCUUGAAACCAUUUCUAACAAACAAAACUACAAGUUUAUACAGGGUGACAUUUGUGAACCUCACUUCAUAAAACUGCUUUUUGAAACUGAGAAGAUAGAUAUAGUACUACAUUUUGCAGCUCAAACACAUGUAGAUCUUUCAUUUGUCCAUGCCUUGGAGUUUACCUAUGUCAAUGUUUAUGGUACCCAUGUUCUGGUGAGUGCUGCUUAUGAAGCCAGAGUGGAGAAAUUCAUUUAUGUGAGCACUGAUGAAGUAUAUGGAGGUAGCCUUGAUGAGGAAUUUGAUGAGUCUUCACCAAAACAACCUACAAAUCCUUAUGCAUCAUCUAAAGCAGCUGCAGAAUGUUUUGUACAGUCUUACUGGGAACAGUAUAAGUUUCCAGUUGUUAUCACAAGGAGCAGUAAUGUUUAUGGACCACAUCAGUAUCCAGAAAAGGUUAUUCCAAAAUUUAUAUCGUUAUUGCAACACAACAGAAAAUGUUGCAUUCAUGGUUCAGGACUCCAAAAAAGAAAUUUCCUUUAUGCUGCUGAUGUAGUAGAAGCUUUUCUCACUGUUCUAAAGAAAGGGAAACCAGGUGAAAUUUAUAACAUAGGAACCAAUUUUGAGAUGUCAAUCGCACAACUUGCCAAAGAAUUGAUACAAUUGAUCAAAGAGACCAGUUCAGAGUCUGAAAUGGAAAAUUGGGUUGAUUAUGUUGAUGAUAGACCUUCCAAUGACAUGAGAUAUCCUAUGAAAUCAGAAAAAAUGCAUGGUUUAGGAUGGAGACCUAAAGUUACCUGGAAAGAAGGAAUAAAGAAAACAAUUGAAUGGUACAAAGAGAAUUUUCACAACUGGAAGAAUGCAGAAAAAGCUUUGGAACCCUUUCCUGUGGAAUAAAAAGUUUUACAAUAAGAAAUGUUUAUGGGCGAGAAAAGCAGAAAAUCGUUCUACCUCAUAGAUACUUGAUAUGAAAUCAAGUUACCAAACAGAAUUUUCUUUCCUUUCGGGAGUAGAUUCAGGUGUUUUUGCACAAAAUCUCAAAGGUAAAAUUAUGUUAUAAAUAAUAGGUAUUCUCAGUUCAUGGAAGAGUUGCAUUAUGAGCUGGCCUGAUGGAAUUUUGUUCUACUGUCAGCUGUAUUCUCAAAGGAAGAUGCUACUUUUCUGCAUAAUAGGAAAACAGUGGGAAAUAAGAUGAAUGAAGUAUGGAGAAGCACAACUUACAGAUGUAUCUACAAGGAAAGAGUCGAUCCCUUGGUUUGAAAGUUCUAUAAGCUAAAGGCCUACUUCACAAGUGGUCCACUGGCUCAGAAAUCAGUCAUGGCAGUAGGGAAGGUGUCACUUGCAGGCCUGGUCCUUCGCUCUUACACAGUGAAUAUACUACAGAUUUACUUCCCCUUGCUAGGGAUUGUUAUAAAUUUGAAUCUUAAGGUAAUACAGAGUGUUUAUCCUAAUUAAAGCUUUAAAUUCCAUAAAUGAUUUGCCAUAAAAUGAGAAAUACCUGUCUGUACAAAGCAAUAAAGUUGAAACAAGAUGAAAACAUUUCAAGCACUUUUAAAUUUUGAUACUUGAUUUUUAAUAAUUGAUUAAGUUCAAGAAAAUUAACUGUGCAAUUUAAAAACUUUUAAAAAUAUAUUUUUAAAAAUAGGAAUAUAAGAUUUGUAUAAGUUUCUAAAUUAGUUAUUUUAACUGCAAAAAAAUCAUUUUGAGUUAAAGAGGAAAUGUACUGCAAGUCUAGCUUUCAUUUUGUAUUUAUGAAAUUGUCGUAUUAAUGUUUUUAAUGAGACAUUCAUUCUUUUUAUUCUAUUUUCUAUUUAUUUUAUCUAUAUUCAUGACCAAAAAUGCAUAACUUGACCAACUUAGGUUAAAUGAUGCUGGAAACUUAAAACAUUCAUUCAACAAAUAUUUUUGGAGCAUACAUUGUACAUAUCAUUGAACUUAAGAAAU